AGUGUAUUGACAUCAAUGUUACUCCAGACAAAAGGCAAAUUUUACUCCAGGAGGAAAAGCUUUUACUAGCAAUUUUAAAAACUUCUCUGAUGGAGAUGUUUGGUAGUGAUGUUAACAAACUGAAUGUCAAUCAGAAACUUCUGGACAUUGCAGGCAACUUGAAGAAGACACUUCCUGAAGAUACAGAAAAGCCUCAGGAAGAAACAAUGUCUGACUCUCAGACUGAAAAUCCAGGUGGUGAAGGAAAGAGAGUAAUGACUCUUGCCAGAUUAAGGGAGUCAUUCUCUCUUCACCAAAUGCCAGAGAGUAAUUUUCAAAGCCCUAAAAGGGUAAAGCAGCAGCACAGCACCCCUAGACAAAUGCCACUUGAUACCACUUGGAGUACUAUAAAGACUCAAAAGGCUGGAUUGACUAAGAAGUCUGAGAGUGGUCAUAAGAUUGACUCCAAGAUGUCAAUUCCAAGCAGAUAUUUGAGAAAAUUAGAAGAUAAUGCAGAUUCUGGAUUCUGUAGCACUUCUGAGUCGGAUGCUGGAUGUAGUACACCAGAAGCUGGGAGCUGUGUCAAUAGUGAACGUGUAAUUAAUCCUCCUGAAGAAGAAUUCUGUAGCUCAGAAGAACGACUUCAAAAUGAAUGUCUUGAAACUGUUGGAUGUAGUGAGAAGUUGUUGGAAUGUGAUGUUCAGGUCUUGGACACUGAACAUAAGUUAAAUCAAGUGAAAGGCUGGAGUAAUCAAAAUAAGUUAUCUCAAACAGCCCGUGGUUCUUCCCAACGAGUAAAAUGUUUUAAAAGCAGAAGCUUUAAAAGUGAAGCAGAUGACUUCAAGGCAGAUAAAUGUCCUGAAGUGAAGAACAGUAGGAACUGUCUGCCAAGUGUUGAUGUAUUGGUGGAAGUUAAAAAGAAAACCGUGCCGAUUGAAUUUUCUAUGCAGGUUUUAGCAGAAAAAUAUAAAAAGAUAAUUCAGCAACAACAGAAGAGUACAGAAACACAAAAUUACAGACGAUUUAAAGCAAAAAUCAGUCCUGGAGAAAAUAAAGUAGCAGAAGAUGAAUUAAGAAAAGAAAUCAGUAAAGAAAUGUUUGCAAAAAUGGAUCAUUGGCCAGUUCAAUUUAGGGUUUAUAAUAGUGAAGCUGAAUCUGAUCUUUUCAUAAUCGACCAACAUGCUACUGAUGAGAAGUACAACUUUGAGAUGUUACAACAACACACUGUUCUUCAAGGUCAGAAGCUGAUAGCGCCUCAGAAUCUCCAUUUAACAGCUGUGAAUGAAACUGUAUUGAUUGAAAACCUGGAAAUAUUCAGAAAAAAUGGGUUUGAUUUUGUCAUAAAUGAAAAUGCUCCUGUAACUCAGAGAGUUAAAUUAAUAUCGUUGCCAACAAGCAAAAACUGGACUUUUGGUCCACAAGACAUAGAUGAGCUGAUCUUCAUGUUAAGUGACUGCCCUGGAGUCAUGUGUAGGCCCUCCAGGGUCAGACAGAUGUUCGCUUCUCGAGCCUGCAGGAAGUCUGUGAUGAUUGGAACUGCACUGAAUGUGCAGGAAAUGAGAAAACUGAUCACCCACAUGGGUGAGAUUGAGCAUCCCUGGAACUGCCCCCAUGGAAGACCUACUAUGAGACACAUAGUCAGCUUAGACUUGAUUUCACCAGAAUAAGUCAGUUGCUGUUUACUAACAUUUUCGAUUUUAAUUCUUGGUGACAUUUUUGGCUUUUACCGUGAUUCUUAUUUUGACCAAAAAAAUUUUAGCCAGUCUUGAAAUUUGAAGCCAGUAAUGCUUAAAGGCAUUCAGCAGGGUUUCAUUGUUACUCCUGUGAAGUCAACAAUAUCAACAUACUGGAAUUCUUUGUAAAUAGCACUUUUAUUAUGAUUUACUGUGUGUAAUACUUAAUUUUGCAAUCAAGACUUUUAAAAAAAUAAAUAGAAAUGCUUAUACAUAAA